AUGUACAGGACGCAGCAGCGCAAAGCCCAAAAAAACGAGCACAAGCAGUAUCCUGUCGAGCCCAAUGGCAUCGAGCUAAUACUAGGCGGUAUAUUCAGCUCCCUUGCGCUCUUCUCGCCUCGCAAGGGCCUCAAUCUAUACGAAAGCCCUGUCAAAUAUCUCUCUGUGUCCGCCGGCGUGCUCCUUGGCUACUACGCGAUCUUGACAUUUGCCGAUAUAUACUGCUUCAAAGUAUCUGACAGAGUGCGGCGACAGACAAAGACCAUGGGCGGGCGCCUCAGAGACCAAGGCGAGACUGCGAUGGCGGCCAUUGUUGUUGCGCUGUUGGCUGUGACGCCCGCGAUCUUGACAUUGGAAGCCAAGGUUGGAGCAUGGCAGCGGGCGCUGCUGUCUGUAGACCCGAAGUCAUUGCCGGAGAAGUGGGCGGCUGGGUUCUUUUGGAGUACCAUGGUUACCAGCUGGGCGUUCGCGUACUUUAUGCCGAUGGAUUGGGAUCGGCCGUGGCAAAAGUGGCCAAUUCCCAUUGUUGGUGGCGCAUUCCUUGGGUACUUGAUCGGUCUGUUUGUUGUUGGCAUCCGCUGCUUUGUCCUGCCCUUGGCGCGCGCUGACUUUAUCGAAACUGAGGAGUCUAAGCUCGAGAUGACCCGUGUUCCUCUGAACAGCAAAGCCGCAGCCUGCUGCGAGACCAAGAAGGAAAAGUGA